UGACGAGGAUCUUUCCUUCAUCUCCCUCUCUCACCCCGCCGGCCGUUCUCUACCUCCCCGGGACUGGCUCACUCCCCUCAGUUCUCAUAUGAAAUAUCACGGUCGUUAACAGAGCUCAUCCGUGCUCUCCCAGAGCGAGGCCUCGCUCAACCUCACCUGGCCCUUGGCCCAGCCUUCCACGUCCCCUUCGCAGCUGUGACCUUGUCUCUCCACCGCCAACAUGUCGCAUCUCCAACAGCAGCUGAAGAGCUUCAGUGCCGGCGUCGUCGACUAUGCAGCCCGCAUGCCGGCCCAGCGGCGUUUCGUGCACAACAACAAUACCAACUCCGCCAGCAGCUCUCAGCUUCCGUCUUCUACAUCUACGCCCACACCCGGCGAGGAAGCGAAGCGUAAACGGCACGAUGCGGACAUCGUCUACUCGCAGCCCGCCAACACGGGCACGGGCAAGGACAUCAUGACCCAGGUCGUCUUUGCCAUCGAGCACAUGAAGUCCAAGGGGGUUCCUCUCAAGUUCGGCGAUAUCGUCUCCUAUCUGUCCCUCCAGCACCGGGCCAACGACCAAGGCUAUAUCCAGGCUCUUCGGAGCAUUCUCCAGAUGCACGAGAAGGUCCAAUACGAUCCCAGCGGCGCAAAUGGAGAAGGCACCUUCAGCUUCCGUCCGCCCCACAACAUCCGUACCGCGGAGCAGCUCCUCCAGAAACUGCAGGCCCAGUCGACCGGUGCGGGGAUGAGUGUUCGGGAACUCCGAGAGGGAUGGCCGAACGUGGAGGACGCGAUCAACAAGCUUGAGAAGGAAGGGAAGCUGCUCGUGACCCGGAACAAGAAGGAUGACCAUGCGAAGAUGGUCUGGGCCAAUGAUCCGUCCCUGAUCCAGCACUUUGACAAUGAGUUCCGUCAGAUCUGGGAGAAGAUUAAGGUUCCGGAUCAGCAGGCGGUCAAGGAGGAGCUGGAGAAGGCCGGUAUUGUUCCCACGAACAAGAACAAGGUCGUCAAGGCCCGGCCCAAGAUGGAGCAUAAGAAGGUGAAGAAGCCUCGGCGCAGUGGCAAGACUACCAACACCCAUAUGAUGGGCGUUUUGAGGGAUUAUUCGCACCUCAAACGGUAGUGCCACCUUUUUCUUUAAUUGCUUAAACAGUAUGCCAUUUGCUAUCGCUGGGAUCUGGCUUACAUUGCAUUAUAUUGGCGUUUAUGGGUUCAUAGACAUGGGACUGCGGAUUGGUGCGUUCGUUAUUCUUACUUCCCCCCGGAAGUGAUCUUCCGGUUGUGGUGGCUUUUAUGUAAAACUAUACAGCAAAAUCGAUACCCGGAUAAUUGAAUGAUUUAGAGUGACUGUUCUAUACUUUGUAUGCUCUGUCUGUAUUAUUCCACACGAGAUAUAGUUCAAACAUAUCGGAGUACU